AUGGUAAAGCACGAGUGGCCAGGGCUGUCCGAGUUUCGAGAUCAUGCAGUGAGUGGCGUCGUCCUCCCGCAUGCCCCGGCACACGAUGUUCUAGAGAAUCGAAUCGUACGAGACGCCCAACGAAUUGGUCUAUCGAACCUCUCGAUGCCUCAGCGAGCCUCAAUUAUCCCGAGUUUAUCCCAACGAUUCACCCGAGCGAUUCAAGUAGCACCCAAGCCAACUGAAGGAGGACGUGAUCAGCGUACGCCUCCUAACAGACGAAGACUGAGACAACGAUCUCUCGUAGUUCUUGUUGAACGAUUCAAAGCGUGGAUUAUGGCAUGGAAAACGUGGUGUACAGUGGCAAAUAUCUUGGCAGCGGCGAGUUUCACGGACUCAUUGUACAUUUUACUGAGUGCUCCAUUACGCGCCGGAUUCUUCUUUGACCCAUGGCAAGACGCAGUGGGCCACGACGUGUGGAAGCCAGGGAUUCUUAUUUUCACAAUUAUGGACAUGGCAGGGAGUUGUUUGCGUGUUUGGAACUCGCGUGUACACUUAUCAGUAGGGAUCCGUCUUCUUCUCAAGCUCAAAGUGAGUCAAUCCGAGAUUUCUCCCGAACAGGAGGAGGACGAAGAGGAAGAAGAAAUUAAGACAAAUACCAGCAGCAGUCGAAGUAUUCGAAGCACCACCAGCAGUGGCAAGAAGAGGAUUCUACCCGAUGGAUGGAUAGCGUGGCUGCUCCUGGUGUUAUAUUGCAUCCCUUGGGAGCUUCUGGCGCUCAUGAUCUUACGUGGUCAGCGUAUCAAUAUCCUCCACGUGUUGGGGCUAUUUCGUCUUCUUACAGCGCACAGCCGCAUCGAUUCUCAACUUGCUGCAACGAUAGGAGGCAUACCGCAGAAGCUGUCGUCCGGUACAGUAGCAAACGUGCUGGUUCUCUUCGUGUAUGGAAUUUAUUUCUGCCAUGUUGCAGCGUGCGGAUACAUGCUGGUAGCACACUGGGAAUGUGGCUUGGACUUUAAUAAAUGCGUCUCGACUGGGUGCUGGGUACUGCGUGAUCGUCUGGAGAAUGGCUCAUGUUUUCGACAAUACAUUCGAACGCUUUAUUGGGCCUGCAAGACUGUGGUAACACUGGGUCAAGGUGACCUCAUCCCAGUCACAUUAGUUGAAACAGGGUAUCGGAUCGUGGUCCAAUUCUUCGCUGGCCUUUGGGUAACUGCCAUCCUGACGGCGUACACGUUUUUCUUCGCACACAAAGAUGCGAACUUAACCAGCAAUAUCAGUACUCGCCUCGAUCAAGCAUUGCAGUUUCUAAUAGCUCGCAAGGCCCCAGCGCAACUUGUGACUUCUGUAGACACUUAUUUCCAGUACAUGCAGCGCACUCGCAAUGGCGUUGAAGAGGAACUGAUUCUGGCAGCAUUGCCACCACAUUAUCGAACACAGUGCUCCCACUACGUUCGCUAUAAAGCCAUCGCCCCUCUGGUCAUUUUUCGACGAAAGAAAGGAGCUUUCCUACGCACGGUGAUGGAGGCUUUAGUGCGAGAUGUGUACGCCCCAGGGCAGACUAUUCUGCAGCCUGGAGAAACAGACGAGAUGUUUAUCAUGGCGUGUGGUGAAGUGCGAUUGAUUGACGCGUGUGGAGCUUCUAUUGGACGCAUCACGGCGGGGAAUGCGUACGCUGAAUAUGCCUUGUUUGAACGUCACGUAGCUCGACAUCGACUGGAGGCAGCGACGUACUGUGAAGUUUGGUAUCUGCCGACAAAAGCGUUUAAGGCUGCGCUGGCGAAACAUUUCACCAAACUAGUGUACGCUUCGCUGUUAUUACAGCAGUUCGGUACCAAACCUUUGAUGAUUGCUCCUAAGGAUGAUGAUGUGACUUCGAUGAAGACGCGAGCACGGCAUUCCAAAGUUUUAGGCCACGGAAGUUUACUACUCCAAGCUGUUGAAGCACGAAGGCUACGAAGCGCUGCUGCUGCUAUUGCCGCUGAUACGGCCGGUUUGAAUCCUGAUCGCACAUUAUCCAGCACCGCCACGCAGUUGAUUGUCGCUAAAACUGCAACGUGGCGGAUGCCCAACUCGAUUUUUCGACAGCAAUGGGCCUUAGCAGAGUGCGUUUUAAUGCUGUAUCUACUCGCAGAGGUACCGUAUCAUCUCGCUUUCCAACGUGGCUUUGGACUGUUUAAUGGCGUCGCUGCAACACAAAGCGAUGGAACUACACCUCGCAGUGUUCAGAUGGCUACUUUUCUGGUUUCAUUAUUUGUGGAGACUUUUUUCUAUGUCGACCUGGUGCUUAGAACUCUCUACUUCGUUCGGCUAUUUCCUGGAGUCGAGUUAGACGAUGAAUUUCUAGGAACGUCAAGUCGUAAACUAGAACCCGAUGCAGCUCUUGGAUCAUCGUUAAAUGCGCCUAAUUUGUCGUUAGCCACGCGCAGGUCACAGAUUUUUCAGCUCUACUUACAGCACGAGAGUCUCCUGUUGGAGAUCGUCGCUCUUGCACCUGCUGCGUUGAUCUGGGAUAUUUUACCGAAAGAACUGUUCAGUCGACGUAGCAGUCACAUGUUACGGUGUUUACGACUCCUGCGGUUAUUUCGCGUACGAAAGUUACGUGGUAAACUUCUUGGAGUUCUGGCAGGACGUGGCUAUGGCCCACCACUUCAACUUUUGGCUGAGACUGUCAUCUUUUGCUCGGCUACAGCUCAUGCUGCAGCGUGCAUUUUCUUUGCUGUAGCGGACAGAACGUCUUUCGAAGGAGGAUUACCAGUAAACGGUGUGGCGCCGAGUUCACUUUCAGCUUCUACGUGUUUGGAGGACGCCAGUCGCUUCGAUAACUGCACGUGGUAUAUGUACGACCGCAGUACUUUCGAUCUGGACGCGCCGUACUUGCGCUCAAUGAUGUGGAGUAUUGUCCUGUUGUCUACUGUUGGGUUUGGCGAUAUUGUGGCGUUCUCAACUCGUGAGUGCAUUGUAGACGCGCUCUGGAUCUUCUUUAGUGCAAAUAUCUGCUACAUCACGAGUUGUGCGCUAUCGAGUGUGUUGGCGCAGAUUAACGUUUUGAGUACGAUUCGUCACGACCGGAUUGAGGGGAUUAAUGUAUUAUUGAUGAGUCCUAGCAUGGCGUCUGUAUCGGAUGCUACCAAGCGCACUAUUCGCAGCUACUACGAGGCAAAGUGGAAACUAAAUGGCAGCGCAGUGGGCGAUCUAGAGCUACUUGAACAUUUCCCUCGGUCUCUGCGUCGUGCUAUAACAUCGCAGUUGUAUGCUCCAGACUUACGUCGCUGUGCACUCUUCGUCGAAGAGUGCGGCUUCCGAGCCUCCAAUGCCAACGGUGAUGCCGCUUUAUUCAUGCAACAACUAGCGCUGACUAUCACGUGUGAACAUUUCUUACGCAAUGUUACGGUUAUCAAAGAAGGGCUCUUGGCCACAGAGUUCUUUGUGAUCCUCAGUGGCGAACUCGAGUGUCUCCUACCUCCGGUACCAAUUGAGCACAACGCGAUUCCGAACAUUAAAUUGAUAUCUGCAAGUCGCAAUGCGAGGAAAUCCAUUCACCUAGCGGCUACUGCAGCUAUGAGACGAACACGUAACACUUUGCAGGGUAGUCGAUUUAAGGACGGAGUGAUGGCUGUAAGACCUUUUAUCCGACCAAAGUUUCAGGCCGUAGAAGAGGAAGGUCACACCGCUCGAUCUCGCUCUUCCAUUACGUCUCGUUCUUCAAUCAUUCCUUCGCAUCAUAUGAUGAAACCUCAACUGUCAGAGACGCCAAGUGAGCGUCUGCCAAAACUCUUCCGCUUCGGUAGUUUCAAAGGCCCAUUGAAAGAUCCGACAGUCGCUGAUGCAGCUCCCGUUCCGAUCUCUGUACUUAAGCAACACGACUACUUUGGAGAGGAAAGUUUGGCUGACAUUCCUAAAGUCUACGAGGUCACUAUUCGCGUCGUAUCAAGUACACGGGUAGCAGUGAUUGGACGUCGAGACUUCUUGGCUUUAGCUGCUCGUUUUCCUCACUACGUGGCUCGUAUGCGAAGAAGAAAAGCUGAGCUUCGUGAAAAGACUCGGAGCUUAGUGCGAGCACAUCGUGCUAAUUUUCAGGGCGAAAGUAACAAGAAAAUCGCGCGUGUAUUGGGAACUUGUACGUCACUUUACGUGGACAGCAGCAAGUCAAAACUUGAGAAACGUGGUGCACAUGUGCUAGAUCCGACCAAGAUUUUCGCUCGCUGGUGGCACCGCAGUAUUGGGUUUAUCCUCGUGUACAAUUUCUAUGUUAUUGUAUUCCGACUAGCAUUCCUCCCUUAUCCUGGCGCCACUACGAUGACUUGGUUCACUGGAAUCGACUAUGCACUGGAUAUACUGCUUUAUGCUGACGUGUUCCUAAAAUUUGGACAUUUGGGUUACAUUGAGUUUGGUGAACCCGUUCUUGAUCCGCAGUCUAUCAAACAACGCUACCGAGCAAGUGGUCGCUUGUGGCAGGACUGUCUGGGAAUGAUUCCUCUGUAUUUUCGUGGUGACACAUUUUGGAUGACUGCAGCUCGGUUGCCACGCCUUUUGCGUUGUCUGCAGCUUGGUGAACUACUCGAGGAAAUCCAUACGGAAAUCCAGGAGCGAUUUUUACGUGGCAAUGCGGUGCUUUUAAGCAUCUUCGACCUGGUCAAGUUUUUCCUGAUCUUUGUGUCCACCGCCCACUACAUUGCUAGUUUGUAUUACCUGCUAGGCUGGACACAACUCGAAACGGGACUCGUGACAACGAGUUGGAUCUCCGUCGACCUGGUGUUAAGGCAAAACCCCAAUAGCCCCAUGGUUCAUUACAUGCGCUCAAUGUACUGGUGUCUCUCAGCAUUUACGGUUGACUGCUUUGGUGAUAUUCUCGCUAGAAAUUUCCUCGAGUCAUGUUACGAAUUGUUCACAUGUGUACUUGGGUGGGUUUUCAUCGGGCAAGUUAUCGGUCGUAUCAACGCGUUGAUGAUCACACUUGAUAAAUCGCAAAAACAACGAAAAGACCGCGUGGAGGAUUUCCAGCAGUACGCAAAACAACGAGCACUACCCAAAUCCCUACGACAACGAGCCAUGAAAGGUCUGGCUGUCAAGGCCCAGUAUGAAUUGGAGCUAGACUUGCAUAAAACGCUACGAGACUUGCCUGGUGCAUUGCGCGCUCUUGUUGCUGACGAAAUGUACAGCAAACUAUUGCAACCAUUACCUGAAUUCGCGUCACUAAGUCGUGCUCAACUGGAAACUGUGGCACGUGCUUUGGUUCUCGAGAUUUACUUGCCUGGUGAUGUUAUUUGUGACGUCAAUCGAAUGGGAACUCGCCUGUAUAUUCUAAAGCACGGGUGUGCAGAACGUGUGGCGCCCGGGACUGGAAUUGUGUAUGGAGCUCUCACAGAUGGAGCUUUGUUCGGUGAGUUUGCGUUCUUCUUGCCGGGCGCAAGACGACUCUUUUUAGUUCGUGCUGUACGAAGUUGUCAAGUUCUCCAGCUUCAUCGACGUGUCUGGGAUCGUCUUUGGCCCCCAGUCGUACGAGCACAAGUGGAAGAAGCUGUGCUUGCUGUGGUGACGCGGAUGUACAGACGAACGGCCUGGGGAUUUUUGAACAUUGCCAAGAAUUUCUACAUCAAGAAUGAUUCACCCGUACCAGCAUUGGGUCCUACGCGUCCACCAAUUGCAUCUCGACGACCAAUUCCUUUUCUGAAAAGUACCAAAUCAAGAGAACCAUCUCCUAGCCGACCUGUAAUAUCUAGACGCACCAGUGGCAGUGAGGUGACUUCAGUUCUACCAUCACCAAUUCGAACACCGGUAUUAUCGUUCCGCAGACGCGUAUCGGCUUCAGAUGUGUCUAGCGUAUCAGAGAGUACUGAAACGCUGGAUUCAUACCGUAGCAUACUGGAGUCAUUUCGAAGUACCCGCGACAAAACUGUACCACCAAAAGCGUCCACCGAUGUCUCACAAACGCUGGUGCCAACGUUUAACGACACAGUGUCACCUCUACUACCGAAUUCUAUCGCGACGGAUGAAUAUUUAAUGCCGCUUGCCAGGCUCUCAGCAAGUACCGAGUUUCGUUGGAAAAAACACGAAAAACGCCUUCGUGCUAUUCAGCUCUUCUACGUUGCUUGGGGACAUGUGCGUGACGACUUACGACGUCUUCGCGAGGCCGAUGGAAGUACACGGAGAGUGAUGCAGCGACGGGUUUCUAUCUGUGUGCUGCCAUCGUACAGUGAGAAGCGAGAAGAUCGUCUCAAGCAAGUCACAGCGAAAUUUCGAGCUCCUAUAAAGCGGCGACACUCGAUCCAGUCCGACCCUGUCGAUCUGCGGUCUAAGUUCACGUUAUCUCCGUCCGAGGUGCGUAUUCUGGAAGAGCGUAUGGCCACCGCUAAGGUUGAAACCGAGACACGUGCACCGCUGCUAGCACAAGCCGCUACUUCCCGAACACGCUCCGUACGAAUUGUUAAGUCAUGGUGGUCGCGAUGGAGGCGACGUAUUAGCAUUUCGAACCGAAAAGUGGCUCCGCUUGCCUCGACGACCAAAAAAACCACUGACACUCUCGACGUGCAAAGCUCCCCGUAUUCAAUUUGGGCAGCUCCGAGUAUACGAGCAGCUCGGAUUGAGCCAAACUCUCGCUUCCGUGAUGUCUGGGCUUCAAUUAUGCUGGUCGUGACGCUCUACUAUUUGAUCGCUAUCCCGUUGCAAAUUGGAUUCUUGGAUGGUGUUUUGAACGAGACUCACAAUGAAAGGAUUGUCAUUGCCUGGUUUACUGUGGAGUAUCUGAUCGCAGACAUAGCGUGUGUGAUCGAUUUCAUCUUACAUCGCAACUAUUUCGUGUACCAGACUAGUAGUGGGGAAUCCGUGACGGAUCCGGAACGCAUCGCGCGUCACUAUUGGCACCACGGUUGGUAUUUGGUGGAUGUGUUGUCGAUUCUACCGGUAGAACUGGUCAUGUUCGGGUUGGUGGUGGGUCUCCGUCAAGCUGGUUAUGCUCCUCCACCAGCCGCAACAUCUGCGUGGCCGCUUCUGUUCGCUCCUCUGGGUGGACUCGUGAAUUGGCACACGUUUGCCUUCUUGCGCAUUAACCGGUUUCUGCGUAUUGUACAUCUUCGACCACUGAGCGACAGAUUGCAACGUUUCUUGUUGUAUGAUAGAAGACUGCGAAGAUUAACUCCAGGUAUCUGCUACCUCGUACGACUCGCUCUGGAUUUCUUGUUGGGGACACAUUGGCUUUCGUGUUUAUUCUAUGGCGUCUCGUACUUGGUAUACGACGAUGGAGAGCAAUCCUGGCUCACUACCCCAGACAUGUUGGCUUUUGGUGAUCAAGUUCGCACUCUGGCUGACGUUCGGAAAGUUCCGCUGAUUCAGUCGUAUCUACGCACUUAUCACUUUAGUAUCGGCGCUAUUACAACGGUUUGUUAUGGUGAUAUUGUGCCUAUGAACGCUCACGAGACUUUAGUUACAAUGACGGUGAUCUUUAUCUCGGUGGGGAUCUUCAGUAUGCUCUCGGGCGGGUUUUACAAGUAUUUCGACAUGGAACUGGGACGACGCGCAGAGUAUGAAGAGAAAGUGGCUCAGGUUGGCCACUACUUGCGCUUUCAUCGCUUUCCUAGCGAUACAUGGCGUCAGAUGCAAGUGUACUUUGCUCUGUCGUGGCGUGAGAGUCGUGGACGGCGAGAGCGCGAACUUCUACGAGGUUUACCACCUUCAGUUCGGCACGACUUGGCUCAACAUGUUCACGCUAGUCUAUUGAAGAAUGUCGCUUUAUUUACGCGGUGCGAUCCUGCAUUCGCUCGGGCGAUCAUCGCCGCUCUGCAGCACGAGUUCUUUGUGCGCAACGACGUUAUUAUCCAGCGAGGUGACAUGGAGCGCAGUCUGUAUAUCGUCGAGAGCGGCAUCGUCCUCAUUUCGGCUGUUCGAAAGCGUCAUAUCCAGCCUGAAACGGAUGGUGUCGCGGCAGGAGAAGAAGAGGAAGGUAAUGACCAUGAACGUGGCGAUGGCAACAACUCGCCAUUGGUUUCUGUAAACGAGUGGGUACGAGUAAGUGUGUAUGCAUCAGCUCGGAUGCGUAAGAAGUCCGAUGUACAGCCAGCACGACAGAGGCAGAAGAGCUUGGUGGCCCACAUGUCCCCCAACGGCACAGUUGCCGACAUCAACAAGCAAACAGAACGCGAGGAAAAGAUCUACAAAGGCCCAUUUGACUAUUUUGGCGAGCGCUCGCUACUAUUUGGAACCCCGCGUAACGCCACGUGCAUGGCGUUGUGUGUCACGAGUCUGUUCGUGCUCACGAGUGCGCGUUUUGAAGCCAUUCUGGACGAGUUCCCACACGAACGCAGCAACAGCGUAAGCGCUUGGGUCAUGACUCGAGUUCCAGCAACAAAACUGGAAACAGGUGAAAGUUAG